AUGGAGGGUACGGAUCCUGCGUUCUUGCUACCGCACAUUCAGAACCGGGGAGGUCCGCAAAACGCGCUUUACAGGUUCCGCGGAGUGCGCCAGCGCACGUGGGGGCGGUGGGUGGCGGAAAUCCGCGACCCGGAGCGCAAGGUGCGCCAGUGGCUGGGCUCGUUCGCGAAGGCGGAGGAGGCCGCGCGCGCGUACGACGAGGCGGCGCUGAAGCUUUACGGACCCGACGCGCACCUCAACUUCCCCCCGCCGCGGGAAAGCAAUCCCGCGAAUCGCGCGCAGCGUCACGCCGCGGCGGAGCCGGAUCUGGACGUCGCUCGGGAGAGUUUCGACAGAGAAAUUACCAAGGCUCGUCUUUCAGGGUUGACUGGAUCUGACGGUUUCGCAAGCUUAUCACCGGGGGCGCGGACAGCGCUGGCGCGCAUCAGCCAAGGCAAUCAAUUCGGUCACCAAUACGGUGUUGGCGCUGCUACUAGCAGUGAUGGUGGUGGCGCGGCCAUUAACGGCGUCAGCCACGGUGGCGGAGCUCGGGUUAGUUCUGAGGGCGGUGUGAUUCAACUGCCGGUUCAAGGAGCGGCGGGUCACUUAAUCCAUCCACUCGGGACGACAAUGGCCAUGGCCAUGGCUCCUCGCUCAGCCAGCGUGCCGAGCGGCAGCGCGACGAGCUUCACGGAACCCGCGAGUCCCAGGCGAGUGGGCGUGGAGCUCCCGUUAGAGAAGGCCCACAGCCUCGACGCGCUCCCCUCGUUCCAAUCACAGUCGCCCAGCGUGGGAUUCCAACGGGCGGUCACGGAUCGUGGCGCGAGACUGGCUGGGGAUGGUUCACAGCAAGAAGAGGUGAAGUGGCAGCGGUACCAGCGGAAGCGGAGAGCAGUGGCGGAGGAGCAGAGGGAGAUGAGGGAGCUGGAGGACCUGUUGGAUAAGUACAAGCGGCGGCAGCAGGUGCGGCAGCUGCUGUCCGAGGCUGAUAUCGUCCAUCAGCGGGAGAUGCUUCUGACAGGCCCGGAGGUGCAACCCGUGAUGCAGCAGCAGCAGCAGCUAGCCCCGCAGCCUGGUCCUGGGGCCACUCGCGAAGGUGCAAUCAUCAGAAGUGCUGCUAACGCCAGUUUCGCAACACUCACCUCCAUGGCAAAGUACGGCGAGGGCGACAACCGUUGGAUCGUGCAGGAUCGAGCGGACGGCGCGAACGUGCACAACUGGCACUGGGCGGAGAAGGACUGCAUGGAAUGGUCGCGGCGGCGCCUGGGGGAGCUGAUUGGCGGGCUGACGGUGCUGGAAGGGGAAGGCGGGUGCUGGAUCCGCACGGGAGCGAUUGAAAAGGUGGAUGGCGAGGCGUAUGUGAACAUUCGGAAGGGGAAGAUCAUUCCCGGCUACGAGCUUCACGUCCGUCUCGGCUGGGAGGGCGAGGUCAAGGACUCCGCCGACGCUCAGCCCGCCGCGUCCGUUAAAGGCUUCGUGGAACUGCCUUAUAUCGCGGACGAGAACCACGACGAGGAUCCCGAGGUGAAGAUUGCCCUGGCCACGGAAUCCGCAGAAGGAAACGGUGGAGGGUCGGCAGCAGCCAAUAGGCUGCGAGAUGCGAUGCUGGCGCGAGGCAAGCCGCUUAUUCUGGAGAGAAUCCGCACGUUCGUUAAAGACAUCCAGGCUGGUGGUCCCGCCAGGGACGAGUUAGAAAAGGCUAAGGUAGUGAAACCAGCAGCGGCGGCGUCAACAGCAGCACCAGCAGCAGCGCCAGCAGCAUCAGGAGCAGGAGCAGCAGCAGCAGCAGCGGCGGCAGGAGCAGGGUCUGCGCCUGCUGCUGCUAAAACCACCGCGAGCACAGCCCCAACCAGCAAGAGCAAGAAAGAGAGCAGCAGCAGCAGCGGAGCUGGGAAGAAGUCGAUUGCCAUCACCCAGAGGUUCCACUGCCGGCCGUCGGAUCUGUACGAGACGCUGAUGGAUGAGAAGCGGUGGAUGGCUUUCACUCAGUCCAAGGCGAAACUGUCGCGGGACAUAGGGGGUACCUUUUCGUUGUUUGAUGGGUCCGUGACAGGUGUCAACCAGCGGUUGGACGAGAACAAGCUGAUUAUGCAAAAGUGGCGGUUCAGCAGCUGGCCCGAUGGGCAUUACUCCACGGUGUGCAUAACCUUUGAGGAGCCUCAAGUGGGUGACACCAUUCUGCGGCUCACACAAACCAACGUGCCUGAAGAGGACAGGCCUGGUGUGAAGGAUGAGGGCUCUGUCGCUGCCACGUUAGCAACCAGGCCUCCAGCUGACAGCAACAGUGCUGUUGCGGACCCUGCUGCUGCUGGCGCAAGUGAAAGUAACACUGGCGACAAAGUCAGCGGGGUCAGUGAGAGCAGCAGUAGUGCUGACAGCGACACGUGGGAGGCUCGGAUUCGCGCGCUGGAAGAACAGCUAGAAAAAGCGAACGUGGAAACUGCGUUCCUGAAAGCGCGGAACACGGAGCUGCAGGCUCGGCUGUUAGCUAAGGAUAACGAGGUGCGCCCUCAAGUGGUGAAAACCAGACUGCCUGUCUCAACCGCAGCAGCAAAGUCAGCGGGAGAAGCGGAGAUGAGAGGAGGAACGGGAGGGAUUGGCGGUGUUGGCGUGGAAGGGAGAGGCAGCAGCAGUAGCGGGGGUUCUGUUGAGCAAAGCAGCAGUGGCAGCAAGAGCAGCAGCGGUGGGGAUGCUGGUAAAAACGACAGCAGUAGCGGCAGAAGCAGUGGCGUCAGCGGUGACGAGGAGAGUGGGAGAGAGGACGCGGUGACAGGCAGAGGAGGGCAAUGGAGUACAGUUGAGGAUGGUGUUAGCAGCAGCGAUCACAACAAUAGUGGGAUGCCGUUGGAGUUGCAGCUGGCAGCAGCUCACGCGAGGAUAGCUGUACUGGAGAGGCUACUCAAGGCCCGUGCCAAUCAGUCUCCUCUCCCCCGCCUCCCCUCCGCCUCCUCCCCGUGGAAGCCCAUCCCCCGCCCGCCCAUGCCGUCCCCCGCCUCCCAAGCGCCUGCGCAAUCCAAACCCUAUGUUCCGAGCCGUGUAAAGCAAGAGCCUAGAGACAGCAGCGGUGGGCUACAGCACACGGGCGUGGUGCAGCACACGGGCGUGGUGCAGCACACGGGCCUGGUGCAGCAUGAGGGGCGGAGAGACGAGGGCUUGUCCGUGAAUUCGCAGUCAGGUCUGGGAGGCUAUGCCGGGAUGAACACUGGGAUGGGGAACGCGGCUGCUGAGGGGGGUAUUGGAAUGGGUACGGGAGUGAUUAGUGGGGUGGAUGCGGAGGUGGGUACAGAGGCGGUGGCGGAGGGAGGGGUGGUGCUGGUGGUGCGGCCGUGGGACAGUGAGGGCGUGGCACGUCUACAGCAGGAGCUGGCAGAGGCAAAGGCGGUGCAGCAGGCAACAGCGGGGAAGCUCAAGGCGGUUGAGCAGCAGCUGGGAAGACUCUCUGCCGUGCGAGAGGAGGUGAGCUUAGUAUCUUAG